ACCUCCGCUCCCCCUUCGCCUCCACACUGCUUUCCCCUCUUUUAUGAUCUCCCUCUCGUCGCUGAUCUCCGAUCUCGAUUCCGCUUCGUGUCGGUCACUAGAACUUCCCCGACCGAUCCUCGUCUCUUCAUCAACGCCUCUGACGCCGCCAACGCUGCCGGCAACAUGGCCAAUGCAGCAUCAGGUAUGGCGGUGAAUGACGACUGCAAGCUGAAGUUUUUGGAAUUGAAGGCAAAACGCACGUACCGCUUCAUUAUCUACAAGAUUGAUGAGAAGCAGAAGCAAAUCCUUGUUGAGAAGCUUGGUGAACCCAACCUGACAUAUGACGAUUUCACUGCCAGCAUCCCUUCAAAUGAAUGCAGAUAUGCAAUAUAUGAUUUCGACUUUGUGACUGAAGAGAACUGUCAGAAGAGCAAGAUCUUCUUUAUUGCAUGGACCCCUGACACAUCGAGGGUGAGAAGCAAGAUGCUUUAUGCGAGCUCAAAAGAGAGGUUCAAGAGAGAGCUUGAUGGCAUCCAGGUGGAAUUGCAAGCUACUGAUCCCACUGAAAUGGGUCUUGAUGUCAUAAGAGGUCGUGCAAAUUGAGUAUGUGGCUUGCGCCUCUUGUUUGUGCCGUGGACUUGAUCUAUUAUUGGUUUGCCUUUGAUGGAAUCUUCAUAAUUCCAAAGUGAAGGUUAGUUGUUCCCUAGAUAGCAUUUGGGCUUGUGGUUGGGAUUCCUUAAUAGUAACUUUUUUGAAAUAUCCUCCAUUUUAACUCUCCAGUCAUGUAUUUUGUAUUCGGUACUUCUGGCAUUAGCAUUAUGUUUUUGUUUCUAAAAGCUAACGGUAUGCAACAAUUUGUGCUGUAGCUUGGCGCGUGAAAUAUGUAGAUGCUUUGAUUAGUGACAUUAUUAUUGAAACUUUACCUAAA